ACCUCUAUCUCUAUGAUUACCAUCCCAACCCAAUCACGAAUAGGAUUUCAAGUCUAUAACUCUAUGUAUAGGUAUUGAUUGAGAUCAUUCCAACCAACAACACCACGUGGUGUGCCCCAGCUUGUCUUUCUCUCGUCCUCUGCUUUUCUCUCUCUCUCUUGACAGUAUCAUCAAUUCCCAUUCUGCUAUAAGUAUAUGAAACCCUAGCAUUGUUAUGCAAAUUUCAGUUGAAUUUGACUUCAAAAUAGAAGUUUUCCUACUUAUUUGUCCGUCCUUUCAUCCUUCCAAAUUUCUUUAGAGUUGAUGAUGCUCAAUCCAACAUUGUGGAAUCAAAAGAGGCACACUAAGUCUCAAGUUUUCUCUACAAUUCGUUAUUAAGGUGGAUUUUUAGUUAGUCUUUCGAUUUUCAAUUCUACUAAAUGACUACAACAAAAGUCCACGAAACCUCUUUUUCUAUUUCUUGGAGUAGCUAUGAUGUGUUUUUGAGCUUUAGAGGUGAGGACACUCGUUGGACAUUCGUUGACCACUUGUAUACAGCCCUGGUGAAUGCCGGAUUUCGUACUUUUAGAAGCGACGAUGGGAUAGAGAAAGGAGAAAACAUCAAGCUUGAGUUGGAGAGGACAAUUAAUGAGUCUAAGGUUUUAAUAAUUGUCUUCUCUAAAAACUAUGCAUCUUCUAGUUGGUGUCUUGAUGAGCUCGUGAUGAUGCUCGAAAGACGAAAGAGGGAGGAUUUUCACCACAUGGUUUUGCCUGUGUUCUAUGGCGUGGAUCCAUCAGAGGUUAGGAAACAAAAAGGAGAUUAUGGAGAGGCAUUCGUGAGACACAAAGCACAAUUCGAGGGAGGAAACUGUCAAGCAAAGAAAUGGAUGGAGAAAUUGAAAAGGUGGAGAGAAGCACUGGGGGAAGCAGCUAAUUUGGCAGGGAUGGCUUUACAUAAUCAAGUAGAUGGGUACGAGUCAAAGUUUAUUCAAAAAAUUGUCAAAGCAAUUGACAACAAGCUAAGGCCAACAAUCUUGAAUGUUGCCCCAUACCUCGUUGGACUGCAUUCUCGUGCCAGAAUGAUUAAUUUGUGGUUAGAAGAUGGAGGAAGUGAUGUUGGAAUUGUUGUCAUUUGCGGGAUUGGUGGAAUUGGCAAGACAACCAUUGCGAAAUUUGUGUACAACUUAAACUUCUCCAAAUUUGAAGGUAGCAGUUUCAUUGCAGAUAUAAGACAAGUUUCAGAACAACAAAAUGGCUUAAUUCAAUUACAAAGGAAGCUUCUUUCAGAUAUUCUAAGAGGAAGAAAGGAGAAAAAAAGAAACAAUGUUGAUGAAGGGCUUGUUAAGAUUAAACAAGUUGUAGGUUCUAAAAGAGUUCUUAUAGUUCUUGAUGAUGUGGAUAAAGAAGAACAAUUAGAUGCAGUUUUUGGAAUGCAAGAUUCACUUUCUCCAAGUAGUAAAAUGAUCAUAACCACUAGACGACAACACUUAUUAAGAACUCAUGAACAUUGCAAAAUACACAAGGUAGAUGAGUUGAAUCCUCAUGAAUCCUUAGAGCUUUUCAGUUGGUAUGCCUUUCGACAAAACCGUUCUAUUGAUGGUUAUUUGGUGCACUCAAAGAGGGCAGUAGAGUAUUGCAAUGGGCUCCCGCUGGCUCUUAAAACUUUAGGUUCUUCAAUGUCUGGAAAAAGUUUAGAUGUGUGGAAAAGUCAAUUUCAAAAAUUGAAAGUUCUUCCUGACAGUGAAAUUCUUAAAAAACUAAGACUAAGUUACGACUCUUUACAAGAUGAUCACGACAAAGAUUUAUUUCUUGAUAUUGCUUGCUUCUUUGUGGGAAAAGACAAAGACUAUGCAAUAACAAUCUUAGAUGGAUGUGAUUAUUAUGCAUUGAUUGGAAUUCACAACCUCAUUGAUAGAAAUCUGUUAGCAGUUGACACAGAUAACAAGUUGGUAAUGCAUCAAAUGAUUCAAGAAAUGGGAAGGGAAAUUGUUCGGCAAGAAUCACCCAAGGCAUUAGGAAAACGUAGUAGGCUUUGGAAUCACGAGGAUUCCUUUAAUGUCUUAAGGGAAAAAAUUGGCACAAGAAAAAUCAGAGGCCUAACUUUUGAUACCCAUUUCUUAAAGGAAGAUAGAGCUAAAUGGAAUGAUUUUGGGCCCCACGGAGAAAGUUGGUCAAACAAGCGCAAGAGAUAUCCCUUUGCCUUCUUCUCUAGUCUCUCUGUAGGCAUUGCUACAAAAACUUCAAAUGAAGUAGUACUGGAAGUUGAUGCAUUUGCAGGGAUGUCCAAUCUACAACUUCUGCAGAUUAGCAAUGUACAACCAUGUGGAAAUUAUGAAAAAUUUCCCAAGGGAUUGAGAUGGUUGUGUUGGUCAGGUUUCCCAUUACAAAUGAUUCCUGAUGAUUUCCCUUUGGACAGGCUAGUUGCUCUUGAAAUGCCUUAUAGUUGCUUGAAAAAGGUUUGGAAUGGAGCGAAGCACCUUGUAUUAUUGAAAAUCCUUAAUCUAAGUCAUUCCAAUAACCUUUAUGAGACUCCUAAUUUCUUGAUGCUGCCCAAUCUCGAGAGACUUAUACUUGAAAGCUGUGCAAGGUUGGUUAAGGUUCAUGAAUCUAUCGGGCACCUAGAAAAACUUAUUUUCUUAAGCUUGAGGAAUUGUCAGAACUUGAGGAAGCUUCCUGAAAUCAUUUAUAACCUAAAAUCUCUAGCAAAACUUGACAUUUCUUUUUGCACAAAUCUUGAAAAUAUUUUAGCAGAGUUGGGUAAUAGGGAUUCUUUGACAGUGCUCCAUGCAGAUGGAACUAGAAUAAGUCAAUUACUUUGUAUCACUCCGGAGGUCAAAGCGUGGCCUUUGUCUAUAUGGCCUUGGCAAUCAAGUCUAAGAAGUUGUCCAGAAACUUCACGGGCUUCUUUUCCACAGUCAUUGGUACAUCUAAGUCUAGAAAAUUGCAAUUUAUCUGAUGACGGUUUCCCUGGUGAAUUUGGCAACCUAUCUUCGUUGCUCAGAUUAAAUUUGAGCAAUAAUGCAAUGUAUUGCCUCCCGAAAAGCAUCAGGUUUCUUUCUAGACUAAAACAUUUGUUUUUGCGAUCAUGCCCAAGGCUUAAGAACGUUGAUUGUUUGCCGAAAAAUAUAGAAUUACUGCGGGUUGAUGGAAGUGAGUUGCUAGAAAAAAUAAGCUUUGAAUCACAGGGCAUCUUCCCAAUGUUAGGCUAUGGAAGUUGUUCGAGUCUAAUGGAGGUUGCGGGCCUAUUCAAGUUGGAACCCUUAGAAAGUGUUGAUGUAGAGCUAAUUAACAAUUUGGGCUUAUGCGACUCUGAAGCUGUGGAGAAAUCACCUGUAGAGCUUCUCUCAAGCACCGUAGUCGUAAAAAGGCGGAUGUCUUGUCCCCAGGUAUUGCACGAACGUCGUAUGCUAUCCACUUUUAUGCGGGGAAGCAAGAUUCCUACAAGUUUCAAUCACAAGAACAUAGGAUCCUCAAUUUCUUUUACUACUAUACCAUCUGAUGUUCAUUUAAGAAUUCAAGGCUUGUCGGUGUGUUCUGUUUUUGCACUUUCCAAUCCUUCUAAUGCUCUAAUAGCUCCAUCUUUCAUGGGGGACAACUGGGGCUUACACACUAUUAUUAGCAUUGAAACAAAGAAUUUGAAAUGGAGCUAUUGCCCGAGAAUCCUUGGCAUUCCAGGAGUUGACGAGGACUUGUUAUGGUUAAGUUAUUGGAAGUUUGAGGAUCACCAGCUGGAAGGUGGCGAUGUAUUGAACAUUUCAGUUCCUACAACUGAAGCUUUUCAAGUGAAAGAGGUUGGCGUUCGUGUUGUGUAUAGGAUGGAGGCAAAGGAAGUGAAGAACAACCAAGCUACCAGUUUAGAUGAUGCCCGGCCAAUCCAUCCCCAUUAUGGAAAGGCUGUUCCUGGUUGCUGCAAUAAGGAUUGCAAGAAGUGUAAAAACUAUCCGGCGCCUACAAAUCCGGCAAGCACCAGAGUCAUUCUUGUCGGCACUCAUCCUUCGAAUUGCACAGGUUGUCCCGACGGUUAUUUAGAAGAGCACGAUAUGUCCUGGGUAGAUUAAAACAUUUGCAGGAAGUUAGUUGCUUGUGAUGGAUUGGAUUUUGUAUUUUGUUUGUUUCAUGCUCGUUUAUUUCCAAGAGAAACCACCAGUACUUAAUGGGAUUAAUGUUGCAAAUUUUAUCUGUGUGCAACUAUAUUAUAACUGGAUCUCUUUCGUUCUUCAUCCAACACACAUCAAUAUCUGCCCUUCGUCUGGUACAAACAUUGCUAAAUUUAGAAGCGUAUUG